AUGGGGAACCAAGUCAGCGCACCCGGCACUGACACUUCCUCUAAUCAGCAAGAUAAAUGUCCAGUGCAGCAUGACACGAAGAAGGUGACAGUAGAUGAAUGUCCUAUGCAAAAAUUAAAGAUAGAUGGCUGCCCUGUACAACAUGACAAGACGCCAUCGGUAGCCAACGCCAUGGCCAGUGGCUGCCCCGUCACAAGAAAUGGAAAAGAGGAGCGAGAAGUUUAUAACGUGUACAAUCAACGCAUUGACCCGACAAACAUGAUGCCAUAUAAUCCAAAUCAAGAUCCAAAUCAAGAACAACGGUAUCCGUUGCCUCAAGACCGCGUGCAGUCAACAAUUCCCAAGGGCGGAACAGAAGAGACGUGGCUCUAUCCGUCCGAGCAAAUGUUUUACAAUGCGCUUAAACGCAAGAAUAAGGGAGAAGAUGUGCACGAGGGUGACGUUCGGACUAUUGUGUCCAUCCAUAACAACAUGAACGAGCGUGCUUGGGCUCAGGUGGAGCACUACGAGAAAGUAUGCCAUCCCGAUUUACAAGACUCCAAGUUGCUCAAGUUUUGUGGUCGUCCAGAUAAGCUGACGCCUAUUGCAUGGAUCAAGAGUAUGCUUGGAUACGGGACACCUUUUGAUCGCCAUGACUGGACUGUGCUGCGUGGUGACAACACUCAGGUGCGCUAUGUGAUUGACUACUAUUUCGAUGACGACAAGUCUGCACAGGAUGAAGUUCCUGAGCUGCAUUCAGCCGACAAAGUCAAGAGUAUCUCCAUGUACGCUCGUCCUGCUGUAGACUCGCUAGGCGCCCUCAGCGUAUACCGAAAAGAAAAUGACGCUCCGGAGCCACUGUCUGUGGAUGAAGUGGAGCAGACAUUUACUAAGGUGAAAGACUCGUGCAAGAGCUGCAUGCAGGAGAUCAAGACUUGCAGCAACGAAGUGCAGUGCUCACAAGCUGCUAUGGCUUUACAGCUCUGCAUGGGCCGCAUUAUUUGUCCGCCACAAGCAGCUGCCUUCAUUAAGGCGCUUGAGGGUGGCGAUGAGACAGCAGUCGAGACAGCAUUUGACGCCAUGAACAGUAGCUUGGAGCAGUUUCAGGAGCGCGGAAACAGUGCUAUGCAGGAACAAGCUGUGCGCGAGUCCCUGGCAAAGAAGUAA